GAAUUGUCCUUUUUUCAAAUUUGAAUAGAUUACAUACAAUAUUUUUACUAAUAUUGUAACGUACCAUUAUACUUUGGUUUAAACUUAAGAAAACAGGCGCACUUUCAAUGCCCCGUGAAAUUGACACUUCGGAUUAAGAGAAAGGGAUAAAAAGAAAUAUAGUCUUCAAAUAUUGAAGAAGAGUUUAUUAACGUGAAAUCUGUUGGUCGUGUCUGAUUAUUUACUUAUAUUCCUAUUUGGACUUAUAUUAAUACGCCGAAAAGUGCAUGCGGACGGACUAAAAUAAUAUUAAAAAAAAUAACAAAAAAUGGGUGGAUUUUCCACUGUUGCUAAAGUGUUUUUAGUUGUUGUUAACAUCAUUUUUCUGGUUAUUGGGCUCGUACUCCUUGCUCUCGGCCUUUUUAUCAGAUUCGGCUCCAGUAUCAUCAAUGGUUAUGUUGACUCCGCUAAGAAAUCGUUGGAGGCUUCGGUCAGUAGUGUUUCAACAUUUGGCACCAUAGAUUUGUCGAGCUUUGAUGUUACCGAGAUCCUACGUAAUCUGGCUAUCGGGCUGAUUGUUGCUGGUCUGUUACUGUCGAUCCUCACUUUCCUCGGCUGCUGUGGAAGUUGCUGUAACAUCAAAUUUAUGCUGUUAGCGUACAUUAUAACAUGUUGCGGACUGUUGGUUGGACAAGUUAUAUUCAUCGGGAUCUUGUAUGGUUCGCCAGACACGAUUCAUGACCCAGUAAAGAAGCCUCUGAAGUCAUCUAUAAAGUCGGAUUAUGCCGGUCUCAAUGGUACAGACAUUGUAUCCAUAGGUUGGAACGUUGUGAUGAUUCAGGUUGGUUGUUGUGGUGUUGACGAUUACAGCGAUUUUACCGGGGCCACAAAAUGGGUUAUAGACUAUACCGCACUAUCCCCUUCUGUCACGCUGAAAACUCCGCUCGCAUGCUGCAAGACGCUACCAACAUCAGAUGAUCUGUCUUGCGCUGGUACAGCAACUACGGAAUCAAUCAAUUAUCUGAACACGGGCUGCUAUGACAAGAUCUGGGACGACACUCUGGGAAACAUGUCACUGGUGUUAGGAGCGUUGGCCGGACUUUGUGUGAUUCAGCUUUUACUAGUGGUAUUUGCUCUCAUAAUUUUGUGCUCCGGCGGAAAGAAAAAGAAACAGAAGAAAAAUACAAAGGGCAACAAAGUAAGACCAGAUGACAGAGAUGCUGUAUCGCCAAGAGACCCAGUCUCUUACAAAAGAAAAGAAGCACUGCGAUUUUGAAAACAAUCUUUCUUGUGGCAACAAAGUAUAUGAAACAUUGACAUAGUAACAUUUUACGCAAAACCGUGAUGAUAUAUAACUGUACGCUUAACACUGGCACUUAUUCACUGUACACUUAACACAGACACUAUAUCACUGUACACUUUACACGAACACUUCACACUGUACGCUUAACACUAGCACUUUAUCACAAUACGCUUAACACAGACACUAUAUCACUGUACACUUAACACUAGCACUUUAUCACAAUACGCUUAACACAGACACUACAUCAAUGUACGCUUAACACAAGCUCUUUAUCGCAAUACGCUUAACACAGACACUACAUCAAUGUACACUUAACACAAGCUCUUUAUCGCAAUACGCUUAACACAGACACUACAUCAAUGUACGCUUAACACAAGCUCUUUAUCGCAAUACGCUUAACACAGACACUACAUCAAUGUACACUUAACACAAGCUCUUUAUCGCAAUACGCUUAACACAGACACUACAUCAAUGUACGCUUAACACUGGCACUAUAUCACUGUACACUUAACACAGACACUACAUCAAUGUACGCUUAACACAGACACUACAUCAAUGUACGCUUAACACUGGCACUAUAUCACUGUACACUUAACACUGGUACUAUAUCAUUGUACGCUUUACACUGGUACUAUAUCAUUGUACGCUUUACACUCAAAAUAUAUCACCAUACACUUAACACAGACACUUCAUCACUGUUCAUACAGCACUGAUACGGUUUACAAUACACCAUUUACUUAACACUGACCCAUAAUUACUGUACACAAAACAUUGACACUAUAUCACUGUACACUUUACACAGUAUAUCACAGUUAACAAACCGCUGACACUAUAUCACUUUUCACUAAACACUGACACUGUGUCACUGUACACUAAACAGUGACAUUGUAUCAUUGUACAGUUGGCGCACAAUACACGUAACACGUAAUCACCGCACACUGAAUGUCACUUAAACACUCUACUUUAACACUUUAAUACUCUUUUCGCCGGUCGAAAAUGGGAAAGAAAACAUUAAACACAUUUAUGUGUUAUAUUAUAUUACUUCUGUUAUUUUGGUUGUUGAUAUUUUAGAGUCUAAACAAGAAGAAAAAAAUGUUUGAUGAAAAAAACAUUGAAAUGAAUAAUUAUUUAAAAGUCUUACAAAGAAUAUUAGUCAUGCU